UUCACCUUGUCCAAAAGGGACGUUCACAGCAGGUUGGAAUAACUGCUCAGGUUGCUUCCAAUGUGACAACUGCGCAUAUGGGAUAGAGGACGAUUGUUCUGCUGACCGGAAUACAAGAUGCAAGGAGGCAACCGUCAUGCCCGAUACAUUACGAGUUACAACUAUAUCAUCUUCACCUCAUGAGGGACCAUCAUCGUCCUUACCAACAUCAUCAGAAGUUCUAGACUUGAUAACCUCCACUCCUUGCCAAAUUUUUCAUCCUAUACCCACAGGCCUCACAAGUACAGAAACAGGGAGUGACCGUGGAAUUCAAAUUGAUGUGGUCUUUUGUAUCUGUAUUAUUCUGGCUGUUGUUGUAAUACUGCUUUUACCUGCCAAUGUCUUGUUUCUCAGGAGCCGGAUGAGAAAACGGAAAGCUCCUCCACCAAGACUUGAAGACAAUGUAGAAAAUGAUUAUGCAAAUAAGGAGAUACUCCUGGUGAAGAUAGAGGAUAUACACAACCCUCAGAAUGCAGCAUGACGUCUUCAAACAUCUUCUUCAGAUCAGCUCUUCUAAAACCUCAUCGUCCUGAAAAUCAUGUGCGUCUACUAGAGAAAGGCUGUGGUCUAGGUACAUUUGUAGAGAACUGUUGCUUUCGAACUACCUUGGAUAUAUAGAGUUGGACUUCU